AUGAGCGGUGUAGCAACUAUCACGACGGUCGCCUUUGCAGUCGUGAGCCAUUGGUUCAAGGAGAAGGCCGGCCUCGCCACGGGGUGCGUGACCGUCAGUGCAGCAUUGGGCGGAAUGUUCUUCUCACUUGUGCUCCAGAGUCUGUUUGACUGGCUGCAAUGGAGGGAUGCAGCCUUGAUCUUGACUCUCAUCCUGGCCAUGUUUGUCACGUUGGGCAAUCUGCUCGUUGAGACCAACCUACCGCCGCAAUCUAAGACGCAGGGAGAGCAAAGGACGGCAGGAGAAACGGAGAUCUCCCGGAAGGCAUGCGGCACAUGGCAGUCGAUACUGGGGAUCAUCCAAAACCCCAAAUUUUGGCUCAUUACUUAUGCCAUAUUCGCAUACGAACUCGUCCUCUUCAUCCAAUGGGGGUCGAUCCCCUCUUACGCCGUGGCGACCAACUUUGGGGAGAAGCAGUUCUACCUCAUGAUGUCGUACAACAUUGGCGCUGCUUUUGGGAGAAUCUUGCCACCGUUUGUGUCCGAUAGGUUGCUUGGUCCGCUGAACACAACCAUAGCCAUGAAUAUUUUCACAUUGACAGCGGUACUUGCCAUCUGGCUGCCGGCGGGAGCGAGUUCCAUCGACAUGCUCUAUCUGGUGGUUGUUCUUAUGGGCAUCGGCACAGGAAGCUUUGUGCCUCUAGGCGGUAGGAUUUCAAGAAACAUAUCCCUGGCUUGA